GAGGAACAUUUCGCGGACAAAAACUUCCACUGGCCCGAGUCAUUGCAAUAUGUCGACAUUCCCGGUGCAGACGGGAUGGCAUUGAAAACGAUAGUUGUUGGACCUCCCGCAGCUGAGAGCAAGGGUGUCAUGCUUUUUUUGCAUGGAUUUCCUGAAACUGCCGCAUCAUGGAAAGGGUACAUCUUGCACUAUGCGGCAGAAGGAUACCAUGUUUUGGCGCCGGACACUCGCAACGUCAAUAAUAGUAUUGGAGAGAAUGCAGCUUUGACAUUGGAGCUGCUGAGCGACGACGUGCUUGCCCUGUUAAAGUUUACAGGUCAAGAAAAGGCUGUCGUGGUUGGCCAUGACUGGGGGGCGAUGAUGUCUUGGAUCUUCGCUCUGCGAUACCCAGCGAGGACAAAAGCGCUCGUGGUUAUGGCAGUCCCCCAUCCAGAAUUGUACCGUGCCUACAAUCUUGCGCGAUUGCCGUUUUCCUUAAAGGAUGUUUGGUAUUUCCUGUUCUUUGGACUUGGGGGCCACAUUGCGCGGUGGAGGGCCGCCAAGGAUGAUUUUGGAUGGUUCAUGUGGUUCACACUUGGCUCCAGCGGGCCCAAGACCUACAGCAAAGCGGAGGUUGCCAGAUUGAAGGAGGUGUAUGCGCGAACAAUUGUGUCAGACACACACAGUCCUUUGACCUCGUAUUAUUGGCUGGGCAAUGUGUGGUUGCUGAAAAGCUUGCUACCGCCAGCAGUGCUUGGGCCUGGCACAGUCAACAGCAUUUGGACAGAUGGACAAAGCCCAAGUGUGGUUCCAACCUUGCAGCUCUAUGGGUCUGGAGACCUGUAUGUGUCCGCUGGAAUGGUUGGGUGGUCCAUGGACUCGGCAUAUGUUUCGCAUCCCAUGAAGCGAACUGUCAUUUACGACGCAUCUCACUGGCUUAACAUCGAAAAGUCGGCGGAGAUUAUGCAGGAAGUCGAUGCCUUCAUGCAAAGAUUGCCACCAGCUUGA